AUGGCGACCUCAACCGCUACAGCAACGGCUACCGGCGCCGUCAAGGUGCCACCGCAGGGAGGCAUUCUGGAGGGUGGAAACCCAACAGAUUACGACCCCAAGAACCCCCUCGUGCUCUUUAUUAUUCAGGCUGUGAUCAUCAUCGUGAUGUGCCGCUUGAUUCACUGGCCCCUUUCGAAGAUCCGUCAACCCCGAGUCAUUGCGGAAGUCAUCGGUGGAAUUGUCCUGGGCCCAUCGGUGAUGGGUCGCAUUCCUGGAUUCACCGAUGCUAUAUUUCCUACUGCGAGUAUCCCCAGUCUGAAUCUAGUCGCCAACCUGGGACUAGUGCUUUUCCUCUUCCUGGUAGGUCUGGAGACCGACCUGCGCUUCUUGAUCAGCAACUGGCGCAUCGCCUUGAGCGUCUCUGCUGCAGGUAUGAUCCUGCCGUUCGGUCUGGGAUCUGCAAUCUCGUAUGGUCUAUACCAUGAGUUCCAUGGGGACCCGGGUACCAAGCCCAUUGAGUUCGGAACCUAUUUGCUAUUUAUUGGUAUCGCCAUGGCCAUUACGGCCUUCCCUGUGCUGUGUCGUAUCCUGACUGAGUUGAAGUUACUUUCCACCCGGGUGGGUGUGAUUGUGCUUUCGGCGGGUGUUGGCAACGACGUUGUCGGAUGGAUUUUACUCGCUCUGUGCGUCGCCCUUGUGAAUGCCGGAAGUGGUAUUACUGCGCUGUAUGUGCUCUUGGUCUGCGCUGGGUACAUGCUCUUUUUGACCUUCGCGUUCCGCCCGCUAUUCCUCCGUUUCCUGGAGAAGACGGGCAGUUUGCAGAAAGGUCCCAGUCAAUCCGUGGUAGCUUUGACGCUGCUGAUUGCGUUGGCCUCGGCUUUCUUCACACAAGUCAUUGGUGUUCACGCUAUUUUCGGAGGCUUCGUGAUUGGCUUGAUUUGUCCACAUGAAGGUGGAUUCGCCAUCAAAGUGACGGAGAAGAUCGAGGAUCUGGUCGGUGCUCUGUUCCUCCCACUUUACUUCACACUCUCUGGCCUAAGUACAAAUCUCGGGUUGUUGGAUUCUGGCAUCGUCUGGGCCUACGUGGUCGGUGUCAUUGCCAUUGCGUUCAUUGCAAAGGUCGCUGGUGGCGCUUUCGCAUCCCGUCUAUGUGGUCUGCUGUGGCGUGAGAGUUUCUCCAUUGGUGUCCUCAUGAGUUGCAAGGGACUGGUCGAAUUGAUUGUGCUAAACAUCGGUCUACAAGCAAAGAUCCUGAGCACCCGUACAUUCACAAUAUUUGUCGUCAUGGCCUUGGUAACUACAUUCCUGACAACUCCUCUGACGACUUGGUUAUAUCCAAAUUGGUACCAAGUCAAGGUUGAGCGAUGGAGACGAGGGGAGAUCGACUGGGAUGGAAAUCCCGUUGAUAACAAUGGCCGCAACGACAGCGUUGCGCUAGCCAAAGAUGAGAUGAAGACCAUCCCUGUGCGCAAACUCCUCGUAUACCUUCGCCUUGAUGGCCUUUCUGGAGUCUGCACCUUGGCGGCUCUCCUGAGCUCGAAGCGCCAGCCGCUCUCAUCUCGCGUACACCCCGCGAAAAUGCCACAGCAAACCGACCAGACUGUCGAGGAUCCUAUCACAGAGGAAGAAGACGACUCCGCUCUUCGUGUUCAUGGUGUGCGUCUGAUGGAGCUCACAGACAGAGACUCCAGUGUCAUGAAGGUCUCUGUUGCAGGCGAGCACGCACUUUGGGACCCAGUAGUUAAUACCUUCCGUGCCUUUGGUGAAUGGCAUGAUCUUUCCCUCAUGGCUGGCGUGUCCGUUGUCCCUGAGUACUCUUACGCCGACACCGUCAUCGGCAUGGCACAGCAAGAUACGGCAGACCUUCUCCUCCUUCCAUGGAGCGAGACCGGCACCCUAGCCGAUCGUCAAAACGGUCUUGAAAUCACCGGAACCAAUCGCUUCUCCAAUGGCACCUACACAAACUUUGUCUCGGACAUCUUACAACGGGUAUCCGGUCAUGUCGGUAUCUUGAUUGAGUACGGACCCGAGUCAACGAAACGACCCCCUAUCUCCCGCACAGCCAGUGGUAUGAGCAUCCAAACAUCAUUGUGGUCCCGCCAGCCUUCAAACAACCGCACCCACCACGUCGUACUUCCAUUCUUCGGCGGUGACGAUGAUCGCUUCGCGCUUCGCUUUGUCAUGCAGCUUGCGAGGAAUGACCAGGUCACGGCCACGAUCAUCCAGAUCCCAUUCGCCGAGACCAAAAAGGGAGCCACUGCAAGCGUGACUCCGGCCUCCAGCUCAAGUGCCCCUGCGACAUCCUCGCAGUCGGAUAUUGCCUUCUUUGAGACUCUGCGCGAUUCUCUUCCGCAUGAACUUGCCGAUCGCGUCGUAUUCACACAGCCAGAUGUCAAAGACUCGAUUUCUGAUUCCAUUCAGAUGGCCGUUCUUUCUACUCGUGAGGAACUGAAGCACACAUUCAAUAAAGCUAAUAAUGUUGUUGUUGUCGGCCGGCGCAGUGUCACAUCGGAGGUGGAUUUCGUGCUUGAAGAUAACAUUGGACAAGAUACCCGGCAGGCGCUUGGGGCACUGGGAACCGCUAUGGUGCAGCCCGAGAAUAAGAUAUAUGGUAGUGUAUUGGUGCUGCAAGCAGGUACAGGUGGAUUGGCUGAUUACUAUCGCUGA